GUCGCGAAACAUGCGUUGGUGCAGCUCCCUGUUUAUGAACGAAAUGUCCAAAAUGAGGCUUAAACCAAACAGGGAUGUUUUACUUUUGUGUAUUGGCUUUCUUUGUUUCACCCAAAUAUGCUGUGUAAGCCUUGGAAUCAUGCGAAGACAAGAGAGACACAAAGAGGAAAAAACAGAUGAUGUUAGAGUGGGGACCAUUAUGUUCGGCAGAGGAGAUAUUCCUGGCCCAGUGAAAAGUGAAGGAACUCGACACAUUGGCGAGGACACUGCAGAGGAUGGCUAUAACAUUCAAGCCGACGCUGGUGGGUUGGUGGAUGGACAAGAUGUCAUUGAUGACUCCAGUUCUUCUAAGGCAGCCUGGGCUAGUAUGCGACCAACUGUGUUAUGUACUAAGGACCUCAUGAAGUUCUCGGCACAAGGCCCAGGAUCCUCUUCACUUCAGCUAGACAGAGGAGGAAAACCCCUUUCGCUAAACCAGCUGCCGCAGGACUGUGGUUACUCUGUGUACAGGACUGAACUGGGCCUUCUGUUUCUCAUCCAAUAUGAUGGUUGUGAUGUUAUAAAUCAGGGUGGCAACCAUUUGCUCCAGAUGUUAUGGCAAAGCAAUCCAGUAACCCUUUGUUGCCCCAUGUCAACCCAAGCCUCACAAUCUCCUAUGGAUCCACCACUUCAGCCUACUGCAGCUCCAACAGCAGCAACUUCAUCCACUGCCUCUAAGCUUCCUCCACAAAAUCAGCAGCAGCAACAGUUGAUGCAGCAGCAACAGUUGAAGUAG